CCACAGCUCUCUCACAACUCUCUCACACCACUACCAGACCACUUUCAUCUUCUAACUCUCCGACCAAACGCCGCUAUUACUUCCGCCGAACACUCCGCUUAUUCUCCUACCACGCCACUCCACAAGCACAAAUGGACUCCUCACCUCUCAACCGUCUACCACAAGACACACUCCACCUGAUCUUCUCUCACCUCCCUCUCCGCCAUAUCAUCGCCUGCCGAUCCGUCUGCAAAUCCCUUAACGCCACCUUAUCAUCACCCUCCUUCAUACAACUCAUCUCGACCCAACACCCUCCUCUCUCUCUCAUCGCCCUCCGUCCCUCCCACCGCCACGUGUCCUCUAAUCCCACCCUUCACGUCUUCGACCCCGACCAAGACCAAUGGGUCAGAUUCCCGCUCUCCUUCCUCCCCUUCCGUUCCCACCACCCCGUCACUUCCUCCCACGGCGUCAUUUACCUCUGGGCCGAGUCCAAUUCGCCCAACUCGCUCAAUUCGGUUCAGUCCACCAAAUCACUCGUUAUGUGUAACCCUCUGACUCAGACUUUUCGUGUCCUACCCCAACUCGGCUCGGCCUGGUCACGCCACGGCUCAGUCCUAGUCGGCUCACCUAGUAAAGUCUUGGUCCUCACCGAACUGGCGGCGCUAUACUAUUCCGGCUCUUCCGAUAAUUGGCUCAAGUUUUCAUCAAAUUUACAAUCCAAGCCACGAAGCCCUAUUUUAGUUUCAGAGUCCAUUUUCGCUCUAUGCGACGUCGGAUCGCCAUGGAGAUCGCAAUGGAAGCUUUUCACAAUCACUCUCUCGAAUCUCCAAUCAUCACAGCCAUGGACUCGGCUCGAAAGGCACGAAUGGGGGGAUGUAUUUGAUAUACUAAAACGUCCUCGUUUGGUGAAGGGAAUUGGGAAUAAAAUUCUGAUGAUCGGGGGUUUAAAAUCGUCGUUUUCGCUGAAUGCUUCGGUGUCAACGAUCUUGAUACUGAGGUUGGAUUUGGAGAGCUUGGAAUGGGACGAGGCGGGAAGAAUGCCGUUGGAGAUGUUUAGGAUUUUUCAGGAAUCGAGUAAGUUUAAGGUGUUUGGUGGUGGUAAUAAGGUUUGCUUUUCGGCGAAGAGGAUUAAUAAGUUGGUUUUGUGGGAUUGUGCGGAAAAGGAAGGGAAAGGGGAGUGGAGAUGGAUCGAUGGCGUUCCUGGCAAUGGGGACGGGCUAUUUCGGGGCUUUGUGUUUGAAGCCAGGCUCACUGCCCCGCCUUAAGCGUUUCAUCAAUCGGUAAUUCAAUUUUUUGUUUUAAUGUUGGUGAAAUAAUGGGAUUAUUGUGAUCAUUGCGUUGAAAGUGUUGUGUAUUAGAAUUAAAGUUGAGUGUUUGAUAAGUGGUAUACACUUUUGUAAUCGAUUUAUUUAUCGUUAAUUUAUAGCAUC